AUCAGAGAGGGAAAUACUGGGAUAAAUGAGGGACUAUCAUGACAAAGGAUAUUUAGCUGACAGAAGAUCUGACUGGGAAUAUCGUUAGGUUAAUUUAGAACAAAGUCUGGAAACUGAACGGAAAAGCAAACAGAAGAAAGAGGAGCUCAACAUAUAAGCUCUUGUAAGGCCAUACAUUUCCCGCCUUUGAGUAUCUCCCGCGGGUAAAUUGAACCAAUAAGAUAACAGAAAGAUAGAAACGCCCAAUUUGGGCGCAGCGGCUGGGUCUCUCCCUCCUAAUUGCGCCCAUCUUUAAAAGAUACAGGGUUCUCGGUCGAGGAAAAGAUCCCUCUGAAGAAGCAGAAAGUUCUGCGAAACGUCAGGGCUUUGCAAACAGGACUUCACAGUGGAUUUUAACAUUGCUUGGCUUUUAAUCACCUUUUUGAUUUUAACCAAUAUAAUUAAAAGUUACGUUUUAGAAUUAAGAUGUGGAGGGGUAAGGGGGAGCUCAUUGUCUAAAGGUGCACAGACACUUGGGGAAACAAUUGGGAUUUUAAACCUGUGGGACCAGAUUUUUUAACAGGAUUGGACCCAGAAAGAACAACUGAUUACUGCCCCAGCCUUUGAAUUCGGGAACCCUAAGAAACAAUCGGUACACCUCAUCUCCAUCUCUAUAUGGCAAUAACCCGGUCUGCAAAGAACACGGCGAAAGAUCAACGGAUCACAGCACCAGCCCUGGAGUUCGGGAACAUCAAGAAACAACCAUAACCUCAUCUCUACCUUCAUACUUCAAUAAACCCGGCAGACAAAAUAACAAGGCGGAGGCGCCAGGCAAGGGGUACAGACAAGGACAGGGCAAUUCAAGGGGCACAUGACGAGGACUAAAGGGCAAGACAAUGGGCAACACCCCAAAGCUCCCAAAUCCGAACCCCCACAAAAAACGAAUAUAGCUGUGCCUCUACCGGUCCAGGGUCCCUGUACAACUGGCGCCUCAAAAUACCCACCAUCACACCCACCACAGCCCCACCUUCAACCCCAACCCCAACCACAGCCUAUACCCACACACCCUUCCCAAAAACCCUUCUAUCACAAGGCUAGGCCGAACUACAAGGUAGCAGAUUGGAACAUUGAGGGACAUACACCAACACUCAUCAUAGGAGACUCAAAUCUCAACCGGGUCCCACCAUUCAAUAACCCCAACAUCCAGGUAGACAGUUACCCAGGGGCAACAUUUUAUCACUUCAUAAAAGUACUGGAAAAAACCCCCAUACACACAGACACAGCGACGGUUGUCAUCUCGGUGGGCCUGAACAAUAAAGACCAUGACCCAUUCCAAACAUCACUAAAACAGUUGUCAGUUAUGCACAAGGAGGCAAAGAAAACAUUUCCAAACGCAACAAUAUACAUUCCUGUCAUCAGCCAUUCACCUCUUCUUACUCCACAGCAGAAGAGAAACCUUAAGCUCAUCAACGCUUACAUCACCACUAACUUCCCAACCCUAUUAGAGAUCCCACAAGACACAUUUCACACAACAACAGAUCUCAUACACUGGACAUCCACCACAGCAGACCUCAUCUUUCAACACUGGUGUAGACAGUUAAAUUUACAUUAACCACAAGCCACAGUCUGGAUAGAAAUAACUUUUCUUGCAAUCUCUCUCCUUCCCCAAUAACCAGUGCAGAUCCCCCACCAAGGGGAGCAGCGGACCGGUCAACAACUAAUAUCAUGAAUCUUUCCAAAUCUUUCAUACCCACAGCAGCACAGGUAAAGCUCCUGGAGAGAGGGUUGACAUUCAUCCCUCGCCCAAACAAAUUUGAUUGGGAGGAACUUCAAAGGGACACCCACAAAUACCAUAGAAGACUUAAACUGUUGGACUAUUUUGACUACAACACAGAGGACAAUCACCUACCAUUUACUUUACCAUCUACCUGGGAACCUAAAACCUCCCAGAUAGAUGGCAGAAUCAGGAGACUAAUUAGAAUGGACAAAAACACACUUCACAAUCAUCAGACUCACACAGAUAGGGAGGAUAACCUCACACACGUAGAAAGACAGGCAAUACAACAACUUAAAAACAACCCACACAUCAUCAUUAAACCAGCAGAUAAAGGUUCAAAAAUAGUAAUAUUGGAUAAACAUCAAUACAUGUAUGAAGCCAACAGACAGUUAUCAAACACCAAACAUUAUAAACAUAUAGAAAACAGUAUACAACCACAGACACAGACACAGCUAAGGACAAUAAUAAAAAGACUCUACGACCAACACUACAUCACAGCAAAACAACGGGACUUUCUCUACGGUACAGACACCCCACGACCUAGACUAUUCUAUUUACUGUUAAAAGUACACAAGGAACCGGAGACAUGGACAAUUCCCUUUGAAGUUCCUCCUGGCAGACCGAUUGUCUCAGACUGCAAUAGUGAAUCUUACAACAUUUCACAAUAUAUAGAUCAUCACAUCAACCCUCUCUCCACUAGGCACCCCAGCUUCCUCAGGGACACCUACCACUUCAUGGAGAGGAUUGGACCCAUAGUUGUUCCCUCCCAUACACACAUAUUCACAAUAGAUAUUGAUAGCCUAUACACCAACAUAAAUACAGCAACAGGAAUACAAGCAAUUAGAAACAUCUUUAAGAGAUACCCAGACAACACUAGACCGGACAAAGAAAUAUUACAACUAUUAGAAAUCAGCCUGACUAGUAAUGACUUUUUAUUCAAUGACCAAUAUUACCUGCAGGUGGAGGGAACAGCUAUGGGCAAGAAAUUUGCACCUGCUUACGCCAACAUAUACAUGGCUGAAUGGGAGAGAGAGGCACUGGCCAAGUGUCCAUAUCAACCCACUUUCUAUUACCGCUUUUUAGAUGACAUAAUAGGAGCCUGGCCCCACGACAUCCAGUUAUUCACAAAUUUUAUAAACAUUCUCAACGGUCAUCAUCCAUCCAUCAAGGUUAAAUACACAAUUCAUCCGCAAGAAGUCAACUUCUUAGACACAACAGUUUUUUUCAGUAACAACAAUCAAUCACAGAAAACACUACACACUAGAGUCUACUUCAAACCAACAGACACACAUGCUUUACUUCAUAAACACAGUUACCACCCCAAACAUACAUUUAAGGGAAUAAUAAAAUCACAAAUUAUACGGUUCUACAGGAUAUCAUCUUGCAAGCAAGACCUGGAUUAUGCAAUAAAUAUACUAUUCAACGCACUUAGAAGAAGAGGAUAUUCAAAACGAUUUUUAAGAACUAUUAAAAACAACACAUUGGCCGCCCUCCCUCCCAUUCAUCCAACACCCACAGACCACAGCAAAUCAUCCACCUCUCUUAACCCUAACCUCAACCCUACUCCUAACCUUAACCCCUCCCCAAACCUCACACCUAACCUUAACCCUCCCCUUAACCCCACGCCCAACCUUAACCUUUCCCUCAACCUCACACCUAACCCUAACCUCUCCCCAAACCCCACGCCUAACCCUAACCUCUCCCCAAACCCCACGCCUAACCCUAACCUCUCCCCAAACCCCACGCCUAACCCUUCCCUUAACCCCAUACCUAACCUUAACCUUUCCCCAAACCCCAACCCUAACCCUAACCCCACUCCUAACCUUAACCUUUCCCUUAACCCCACGCCUAACCUUAAUCUUCCCCGUAACCCCACACCUAACCUUAACCCCUCCCCAAACCCCACGCCUAAUCCUAACCUCUCCUCAAACCUCACGCCUAACCUUAACCUUUCCCUUAACCCCACGCCUAACCCUAAUGUGUACCAUUACCCUAACCAGGGUUCUCAUCCUAUCUCCCUCCCUCACCCUAACCCUGACUCCCCUAUGGAAAGUGAUCUGCACCAACCACUAAACCGGAACACUUCCUCUGUCUCCCCUCCUUUGUCAUCAAUACUCAAUCAACAGACAACUAUCAUCCCCCUAGUAACCACAUUUUCACAUAGAAUUAGACCCCUACAUCAAUCAUUCAAACACAACUUCUCUACAGUUCAGCACACUUACAUACCACUCAAACCAUACAGAAUUAUCUCAGCAUUUAGAAAGAACAAAAACUUAAAGGACAUGCUCACCAAAGCAAGAUUCAGUAGCAAGCCACCACAAGACCUCAAACCUCAUAACGUCCAUUUUCGACAGAUAAAGUUCAUUACAAAUAUACAUAGCCACACAUCAGCACCAGUACAAGAAUCUUAUUCAUUGAACACACAUAACACCAUUUAUAUCAUUACAUGCACACUUUGCAAUAAACAAUACAUUGGAGAAACCAAACACACCAUAGAAACCAGACUCAAACAACACCUGUAUAACAUUAAAAGGGCACACCUACAAACAGAACUCAUAACCCACUUCCAGGAGCAUCCCAUCACUCACCUUACCAUAUCAGGGUUACAGGCACAUAUAGGCUGGACCUGUGGGCAGCGAAAGAGGGUAGAACGGGAGUGGAUCCAGCACCUACAGACAAUAACGCCAAAUGGCCUGAACGAGAGGUUUUAG